CAGCGCGGGGCGGACUCGCCUGCCUUUGGAGGCGUUGGUUUCUGUUUCUGUCUAUCUUACGCACUAUCUCCGCCCUCAAGGGAGAGACAUCUCCGUUUACCGACCACCUUUUUUUUUCACGCACUGCCGUUAAAUCAAAAUUAGGUGUGACGGGACUGCAGGAGCACAUAGGACACACAGCGUCAAUUUUGGCACCGGAUUCCCCCCUCCACCACCACCAACACCACCACCACCCACCCCUCGCUCUGAAUUUCUGGAUUAUGGGGACGUCGUUAUGCCACGCAGGGUGAACUACAGACGCUUUCCAAGAUUAAAUCACCCGAACUAGAAGCGAGGAGCGCGUCAAAAAAAACCAACAACAACAACAACAAAAAAAAAAAUGUGCAUGAAUCAGAUAUUGCUCAGAUGCUGCUGCACAUCUUCGGGAUUUCGCCUGUAAAUACCUCCGGGAUGUUUAUUUCUAUGCGUUUGUGGCGUUAGUGCGCGCAAUGUGCCGUAGGUCUGUGUGCUGCUCAGAGUUGGCUUAGCCCACUGGCAUCACCUUGAUAAUUAUCCCCCGUUUUAUUAUCAGUAAUAGGCACGAUUCAUGUGCAGCGCUUGUAACCAUGCAGGAUCCGUGUCGUGUCGUCCAUCUCUAUAGAGUGUUUUAAAUGUAAAUAUAAGUGGCAGAUGAUGAACUAAUUGGCUCUGUGGAUCGUUACGCCAAAAAAAAAAAAAAAAAAAGCCGCGCUGACAGGAGUUCAUAUCGUUCCCAGAUAAUAAAGCGACGCAGGGGCUGUUUGAAGUCACAUGUGCCCAGAACAAACAAUUAAGAUGACAAAAACCGUCCUCAGAAGAGAUUCUCUUUAUUACCGAGGAAGCUGCAUUGGGAUCGCAUCUCAGUUCCUGGAUUGUAAUAGAGUUGGAGGACAGGGAGCAGAGGAAGAAGAGAGGGAGCAGAAGCAGAGGAGAGCUGCUGCUGAGCUGCACAACAGAGCCACUGCUGACAGGCAAGCUUUGGCUUCAGUGAUGGACUGAGCUGAAGGUGAGGGGACCCCUGUGACAGCCAGCUUUCCUCCUAUAAAGCCUUCACACUUGACAAAAAAAAAAGGGCAUGUAUGGACACACUUGCAGCAUAGGUGAGAACAGGAGGAGCUGCCCACGUUGAACACAACAUAUUGGCCCUAAUGAUUGAAAUACAAGCAUCUCUCAAAGAGGACAGCACUGGCCUUUUAUUUGGAAACCGUCUCUCAGGUCUGCACAAACUGAUUCUACCUUUUGUCCCCAAAAGCAAGUAAACCUGGAACCUCAGCACCUUCCCAAGUGCCCUGGAAAACCCACUGGAUUGAGUCUGCAUCCACAGAUGUAACUAAGUUUUCAAGAUUUCGUCACCAGGAAGUCCUGUGAUUUUGGCUGCAUGGACACAUCUUCAAAGACGUGGCUGCCGCAUCAGAGUCAGUUUGGGUUGGUUGGUCAAGCGGAGGUUUGCUGUGGCGGACCUGGAGUUUUAACACCAAACCAAUCUCGCAGGGCAAGUUUUGCCUCUGUAAGACAGUCAAGCAUGGAAACCCCUCCCAAUGCCACCCCACAGCCCUUCAGACAGCCGAGUUUUCUCAAUCGGAGGCUGAAGGGCUCCAUCAAGAGGGCCAAAAGUCAGCCCAAACUGGACCGGACCAGCAGCUUCCGACAAAUGAUUUUGCCCCGGUUUCGUAGUGCUGACCAAGAGAGGACACGAUUGAUGCAGAGCUUCAAAGAAUCCCACUCCCAUGAAUCCCUACUUUCUCCUAGUAGUGCUGCGGAGGCUUUGGACCUAGUUUUGGAUGAAGAGGCCAUAAUCAAACCUGUCCACUCUAGCAUUUUAGGACAAGAGUACUGCUUUGAGGUGACCACUAGUUCAGGGACAAAAUGUUUUGCCUGCCGAUCAGCUUCAGAAAGAGACAAGUGGAUUGAAAAUCUGCAACGAGCUGUCAAACCGAACAAGAACUCCUCGUUUCACUUUCAGGACAACAGCAGACGGGUGGACAAUGUGCUGAAGUUGUGGAUCAUUGAAGCUCGAGACCUUCCAGCUAAGAAACGCUACUAUUGUGAACUAUGUCUGGAUGACAUGCUGUACGCACGCACCACCAGCAAACCCCGGACCGACACCGUCUUCUGGGGCGAGCAUUUUGAAUUUAACAAUUUGCCUACCAUUCGUAGCCUUCGUUUGCAUCUCUACAAGGAAACUGACAAAAAAAGACGCAAGGAGAAAAGCACAUAUCUUGGCCUUGUCAGCAUCCCCAUCUCCAGCAUCACGGGCCGGCAGUUCGUGGAGCAGUGGUACCCGGUGAUACAGUCCAGUGUCUUGGCCAAAAGCGGAGGUGUUGGAAGUACCAAAGUGAUCAAUGCCUCACUCCGUGUCAAGUCUCGCUACCAGACAAUGAACAUCCUCCCGAUGGAGCUGUACAAGGAGUUUGCUGAGUACAUUACCAACAACUACCGAACACUGUGUGCAGUUCUGGAGCCGCUGUUGAGCGUGAAAAGCAAAGAGGAGGUGGCCUUUGCUCUGGUGCACAUCCUUCAAAGCACAGGGAAGACAAAGGAGUUCCUGUCUGACAUGGCGAUGUGCGAGGUGGAUCGAUUCAUGGACCGUGAGCACUUGAUCUUUCGUGAGAACACGCUAGCUACAAAGGCUGUGGAAGAGUACCUCAAACUGAUAGGUCACAGAUACCUCAAGGAUGCUAUAGGCGACUUCAUUCGAGCCUUAUAUGAGUCUGAGGAGAACUGUGAGGUGGAUCCCAUGCGUGUCCCGCCAUCAGUGCUCGCUGACCAUCAAGCCAACCUUCGCAUGUGUUGUGAGCUGUUACUCUGCAAGAUUAUCAACUCUCUCUGCAUAUUUCCCCGGGAGCUGAAGGAAGUUUUUGCCUCGUGGAGAGCCAGAUGUGCUGAGCGUGGAAGAGAGGAUCUCGCCGACAGCCUCAUCAGCUCCUCUUUGUUUCUUCGCUUCAUGUGCCCAGCCAUCAUGUCCCCCUCACUGUUCAACCUAAUGCAGGAGUACCCCGCCGAACGCACGUCCCGCACGCUCACACUCAUAGCCAAAGUGAUGCAGAACCUGGCCAGCUUCAGCAAAUUUGGACCCAAGGAGGAAUACAUGUAUUUCAUGAACGAGUUCCUGGAGAUGGAGUGGGGCUCCAUGCAGCAGUUUCUCUACGAGAUUUCCAACAUGGAGACUGGUGGAAACGCUGGAGGGUUCGAGGGCUACAUUGACCUCGGCAGAGAAUUGUCCAUGUUGCACAGCUUACUGUGGGAAGUCAUGGGCCAGCUUAGCAAGGACGCCAUCCUCAAACUCGGCCCCCUACCACGGCUGCUGAAUGACAUCAGCGUCGCCCUGAGGAACCCACAGCUCCACAUGCCUACAAAUCACCAGCCAGACAGACCGAAGGACAGACUCUUUUCACGGCCAUCUUUCAAUCGUCUCAUGUCGUCUGACUUCCAAAGCCUUAUGAUGCGUGACUUAAACAGUUCAAUAGACAUCUCUCGCCUGCCCUCCCCUACGACGGGAGUCUCCGCUGUAGAAUCCCUCUCAUCUAAUUUGAACAUGAGGCGUCACGCAGAACGAGACCUCCGCUCUUCAAGGGAGGUGUUCUACGUGACCCGCCCACCGCUGGCCCGAUCCAGCCCCGCAUACUGCACAAGCAGCUCGGACAUCACCGAACCAGAUCCAAAGGUCCAUAGUGUGAAUAAAAGUGUGUCCAUGAUGGACCUUCAGGACUCCCGUAUGAACAGCAUUUCCAACCUGAACUCUGUGGGAGACAUGCUCACCUCCUCUCAGGCCUCUAUUGCUGGCCUGGGCCACAGCUUCGGGAACCUCUGCGGUCCUCUUCGCAUGGGAGGACAUAUGCCAGCGGGCUCAGCGGGCUCCGGUUUGAGGCUGAGCCAGAUGGGCCACAUAGGGGGGCCCACUGAAUCCAUAUCUCAACAACAGCAGCAGGCAGCAGCGGCCAUGCACUUCCCCCUGUCUUUCCAGAACCCGCUAUUCCAUCUGGCUGCCCAGAACUCCCCGGCUCAGUCUCAGCCUCAUCCCCCUCCUCUCCUACUUGCCCCUGAGCCUGAGAACGGCCACCACGACUAUCAGCCUGCCUUUGGCAACAAUGCUUUCUCCCGCAGUGAAGACUUGUCUGGCCUGCGGUCACAGAGCAGUCUGGUGCAGCCCAGCAUUGUCCACUCACACAGUUACAGCGAUGAUUUCACCCGGCAGAAUCAGAGCAAUGACUACGCCUGGCACCAGCUGUCACUGCAGGUGCAGGAGUCUCUGCAGCAGCAGCACCUGAUGGGAGUCGUAUCUCAGACAGCCACCGGGACGGGCACGCCCGCCUCUUUGGCCACACCGCCUACUACAGUUCACCCUGUGCGCCAGACAUCCAUCGCCCCACAGCACCUCAAGUCACAGCGGUCCAUUAACACUCCAAACACCGCCACACCUCCAAAGGUUCGCCCACAGAGCAGAAACCUCCUCCUCGACUCCUCUGACACAAACUUCAGUGGCAGUCAGCCGAAACAGCGCCAAACUCAGCAGCCGCAGCAACAGCAGCAACAACAACAGCAGCAGCAACAGCAACAACAGCAGCAACAACAGGACGCACAGCUGUCGGUGACGGACAGUCCAGCUCCCGGGCUCCCAUACCAGACCAGCUCCGCCAAAGAGAACCAGGGCCCACCAGCUGCUGCAGAGGGGUCAACAGACACGCCCACAAAAAACACCAAGAAGUCCCAACAGUCACAACUGCAGCCGCCACAGCAGCAUCUGCUCAAACCAGGCAAUAAACAGGGCUCUCAGUCAACACUGAACACCCCAGCCCUCAAUGAACGGACAGUCGCCUGGGUGUCCAACAUGCCUCAUCUCUCUGCCGACAUCGAGAGCCUGCGGCCGGACCGCGAGGGCCAGCUGAAAGAGUACUCCAAGAGCAUGGAUGAAUCACGACUAGAGAGGGUAAAAGAAUAUGAAGAAGAGAUACAUUCCUUGAAAGAGAGGCUGAAGAUGUCUCAUCGCAAGCUUGAAGAAUACGAGCAUAGGCUUAUGUCGCAGGAACAGCAGACAAGCAAAAUCCUUCAGCAGUAUCAGAACCGCCUGGAAGACAGCGAGCGCCGCCUAAAGCAGCAGCAAUUGGAGAAGGACUCUCAAAUCAAAGGCAUCAUCAGCAGACUCAUGGCUGUGGAAGAUGAGCUGAGAGGGGGUGCCAUUCCUGAUAUUAAGCCUCGAAUCCUCACAGACCAGUCUAUCAACCAGGGCUAUGGUGGCCACCCAGGAUCCUGACUGUCAAUUCCAAAGUGACCAGAGUUCAUGAUGGUCACUCGGGUGUAAGAAGACCGAUUCAGACCAUCCUACAAAAACCCAUGAAGAUAAGCUCUGCAGUGAAUCCGGCAGGACCACUGGAGGCUUCAUCUCACAAUGUUCUUAAAAAACAACAACUUUGCACAUAUUCAAACUUUGCCUGAACCAGAACUUGACAAUCAGUUUAGCGUGAGGACCAAUGUGUGCAGCGAAUCUUCUGCACAUUAUGACUGAAAUAUAAGCCAAUGCCACAACAAUGGCAAUACUGAACCUAAUGAGUUUCUUUAUUUAAUCAGAAGAAGUGAGAAGAGAUGUGUAAAACACUGGGGAUGAAGAGGGAUUCAUGAUUGUCCCCGCUACAAGCAGCACUCGCUUCUUAGUUAACCGGCUGCAGACAUAAUGUAGAAAAGGCUUUUAACAAGCACAAUCUCCCCCUCAUGGUGACGCCUGUGACAAACAACAAGCGUGUUGUUAAACCAUUUGCCAUCUAUGAUCCUCGGAUACAGGGCCCAAGCAAAGACCUAUAUUACUAUUUGAUUCUGAUUAAAUCAUUUAGUAUCAUAUUCUCACUGCAAAGCUAUUCUUACUUACAAAAGGUAGUUAUCACUAUAAUUUUUGCAUCCUUUAUAGUACAGCCAUCCCACCUGAACAGAUGCCAAACAAAUCCUACAAUCAACUAACUGCUUUAAAUACAAUCGAAAUCUUCUCUGGUUACGUUUUCCUUCGGCUUACAGUGUAAAGCCAGAAAGUCUCUUUGACUUUCAGUGUAUAAAAGAAGUAUUUCUUAAAGCUAUUAAAUCUAUUUAAUAAUGGAAAUACUUACAAAAAUACUCUGAGAUUAUAAUGUGUUUUGUUCACUUUGUAAUAAUAAUAUUAAUCAUAAUAAAGAAUAUAUAUGACAUUUCAAAACAGUGAGACAAAGUGCUUCAUAAAUAUUAUAGACAUAAAGAGUCAUGUGAAAAUAUAGAAUCUAAAAGGGGCAUUGCACUGAUUUUACGCAGCACAUAGUGAAAACAGUUUUAUAAUGUCUUCUGGGGCUGUGGAGAAGCCUAGUCAAGUCUGAGAAAAUAAUAUCUCAGCUUGGGCUCAGACUCCAAAUGUAUAACACAAAGUCUGUGUUAUUUAUGAGAAAUGUUGGAUCCACAAUUUUAGAUCUUGACCCAUGCCAGGGACAAAAGGCCCUAUUUACACCUUUUAUUAGCAUGUAAACUGUAUCCGAACAGUGGUAUCUGAUCUAUAGGCCUUUGCAUUUAACCUCCACAUCUCAUUAUGCAAAUGAGUCAGGCAAACAAACAUGGUGCAUCCCAUGCCAACGGAAACAAUGCCAUGGACAUUGUGAAGUGUCAUUCAUUUCUAAAAUCACAUUUUGCAAGGAAAGACUUGCAAGCUGCUGCUAAUACUUGAAGUUUCUGGCAAGCAGCUUACGUGGCAGGGAGAGUCGGAGUUAGGAUCAUUUUUUUCUUUGUUGAGAUGAGAUCACAAUGCGAGGCUGACCCCCCCCCCCCACAGACGCGGUCUGGUCGGUCUGCCUAUGUUUUGAUCACAGUGCAUUCUAUGUGCAUUUAAACUUUGCAUUUACAUGUGUAUUUCCCUUAUCUAGAAAGGACAUCAAUCGCAUGUUAAUUGCAGGUGUAAAUGGGGUUUAAGAGUGCGUGUAUCUCGGCCUCAGCUGCUUUGAUUUUGACAAUUUUUUUAGGGCUCCAACUUAAUGAAAACGCAAUACUUAAAUCACUGGAGUGCCCCCUCCCUCUGGUCUAAAGCCAGAUGAAACUAACCAAGCCUCAAAAGUAAUGAAUCAAACUGAAAAGUCUGCCCUUUUCAUUAUUUAUCUUUAUUUAGCCUUUUCACGUUUGGUUGUACAGCACUUUGUAACAUUGGUUUGAAAAGUGCUGUAUGAAUACAUUUUAAUAACUAUGAUUAUAAACAUUAUGUGCAACUAAAAACAAAUCAUAUUAUAGCAAGUAGUGAAUUACUCAUCUGUUGUGUUUAAUGUUUCUGAAGCAUAGAUGUGCAACAGUUCUGCAUGUGCUUUUUAAAUGCGAGGACGAGUAGGUCGAUUUGUUGUCAGAUAUUAUUCUAAUGUACAAAAAAAACCUUUGACAUGGCUUUCUCAUCGGAAAGGCAUCUUUUUUUUUAUCCAACCUGCUGACUCUAACGUUUUUUACAGAAGAGAGUGGCAUUCAGCCUUUUGCAUUAUACAACAUGAAAGUACUGAGAGAGAUGAACAGAAAUCGCAGACUAACAAAAAGAGGAAAACAACAGACCAAUAAAGAGUUUCCAAGCAGGGAUAUGUAGUAUAUGUGCAUAGGAACUGACUGCCUUACAGUCUGUGCCACAGGGCCCAAAAUAACAAUGCCAAUACAAAAAAACUUGUAAACUUUGUAUAUUAAAUGUCCUUUUUUUUGUAGUCAGGUGAUGAAUUAAUAAGCAGUGUGUUGGUUAACUCUGUAUGUUAGUCAGAAUCAUUUAUAUUACAAAUUUCAUGGUUGAUAUAAUUUAUCUUAACCUCUUGCCUUUAAAAAGAAAAUUUCUUUCAAGAUAAAUAUCAAUGAUACAAAGUUAUACGUUUAUGUUACCAGAAAUGUAUAAAAUAGCUUAAUGUAUAUUUAUUCUUAUAUGUAAAAUGUAUUCAAAUCAAGGGUAGGCCUUCAGGCAUGUUGAACUUGUGGUAAAAACUGAUUCUUAUAUUAUUAACUCUUAAUGCUGCAAUCCAGAUACUACAGUGCUAUGGUGUGACUGCGUUCAUGGGAUGAGAGCUGUAUAAAUUCCCAGCAUAGCACAUUUCUGUUCUGUGGAAUAAUAGACAAAUUCUUAAAAUAUCUCACCUACGUUUGUGUAACCAAAAUAGCAGUGGUGCUUUCAACAAUACUGGAUUGCAGUUUUAAGUAAUCUUCUUUUUGAAAUAUGCGUUUAUUUAUUUGGCCUGCAUUGCAAUACAGUAUUUUGAAAUGUUAUACUGCACUUCUGUUUUCAUUGUAUGAGAAGCUGCAAUCCAUAAUCUGAAAAAUGUUUAUAAAGACAUAAAAAUAUAUGAUAUACCCAUGUAUUCUUGAAACUCUCUCUGUAUUAGCUGCAGUGGUACAGUGUGCUACCUCUGAAAUUGUGCCCACAUCUCCCUUCUCUGUUGGAAUUAAGGAACCUUAUUCUGCUUCACGCCACAACCCGAGAGGAUACUUUGAUGUUAGAUAAUAAAUGGCUAGAAAACCGCCAUUUAUUUAAGACACAGCGCUAACAAAAAGUUUCUUUCUAACCAAAUGCAAAGUCAGGCUUACGUUUUCGUUGCUUGUUCAUUGGUGUUUUUAGGAUUUCUUAUAUAUAACUUUUGUCAUCACAGGGCCAUUUUUAAAGUUUGUCCUGUUGUAUUUAAGUGCCGUUACCAUUACAUUCAUACAAAUCUCUUUUUCAAUUACAGGAUGAGAUUGAUAGUGUUCCAGGUAUUCGUCAGACUCUCAGGUGGAACACAGGAAAUUGCUAACGAGAACUUUUGAUAUCUUCAAUGCCAAAUGCACAAAAAGUAUUGAAAUGUAAUCUUCUGAGUGACCAUUAAAGCUAAACACAACUCAAAAAGCACAUUAAAUGAGGGGUCUGCUAAGACAACUGCUGUGCUUUCAUUUCGGUCGGUUCCUGGCCCUCGUCUCAUCCAUAUAAAUAGUUUUAAUUUACACCUCCUCUUGUAUUAUCUGUUACAUAAAAGGGAACAAGAGUUGCGUUUAAUGGUCCAAAUGAAAAACGUGACAAAUGCUCCCGUGUAAUAAAACUUGGUGAGGAAUAUUAUUCAAGUUACUGCUGAAGAAGUGCUUUAUGUUUACAGAAUCAUGACAUUUUAGAGGAUGUAUGAACCUUUGUUGACCCAAGGGGAGAAUAUCUGCAGCUAAAGCAGGACCUAAUAAAUGAAAUGAGAUAUCUUGUAUAUUUUGAAUAAGGGUAUUUAACAUCUAUCAACAUAUUUAUGUUUCUAAAAAUGGAUGUAUAGCAUUUUGGAAUGAAACAAAGUAUUUUUCUUGGCAGCUACUAUUCUGCACAAUUGAUCUACUGUGUCACAAAUAUAUAGUUGGUGGGAUUUAUGACUUGAAUUGGGCCUACUGGAUGUAAUACCUUAAUUUACUUGACAUUUCUUUUGAAAUAAGCCAUGCCCCAUGGAUAAGCCAUACCCUCCAGUCCCCUGAUGUUGUAUGGUGGAUGUUUAAUGUUGGUAGUUUUAUUUAAAAUGGUAGUUAUUGUAGGUAUGAUUGCGCUUGUAAUUAUUAUUAUUAGUGUAAGUAUACUUGAUUGAUAUGAUUUGUUUUGUUUGAACAAAGGGAAUGUAUUCAUUUUUCAGGUGAUUUUUCCGAGUGAUUUAAAUAAACUAAUAAAUCCCUA